AGUCCGAGUCCGGGGGUCUGUGUUACCGAGGCACCGGUCCGGCUUUUUUCCUUCCGCCCUCCGUUGAGUUUUUUUUUUUCCCCCCAGCAAUGGCAUCCGGCCUGGGGAGGCUGCUGUUGCUGGGGCCUCGCUGCCUCCUGGCCCCGGCCGCCCCCACUCUCGUCCCGCCUGUUCGGGGCGUGAAGAAGGGAUUCCGCGCCGCCUUCCGCUUCCAGAAGGAGUUAGAGCGCUGGCGCCUGCUCCGGUGCCCGCCGCCGCCCGUGCGCCGUUCAGAGAAGCCCAACUGGGAUUACCAUGCUGAAAUAGAAGCAUUUGGACAUCGGUUACAGGAGACCUUUUCCUUAGAUCUUCUCAAAACUGCAUUUGUUAAUAGCUGCUAUAUUAAAAGUGAGGAGGCCAAGCGCCAAAACCUUGGAAUAGAGAAAGAAGCUGUUCUUCUGAAUCUUAAAGAUAAUCAAGAACUCUCUGAACAAGGGACAUCUUUUUCAAAAACUUGCCUCACACAAUGUCUCGAGGAUGCAUACCCAGACUUGCCCACCGAAGGCAUUAAGAGUCUCGUUGACUUUCUCACUGGUGAGGAAGUGGUAUGUCAUGUGGCCAGAAACUUGGCCGUGGAGCAGUUAACACUGAGUGCAGAAUUUCCAGUUCCCCUGCCUGUUUUACAGCAGACUUUCUUCGCAGUAGUUGGAGCCUUGCUGCAGAGCAGUGGCCCUGAGAGGACUGCUCUUUUCAUCAGGGACUUCUUAAUUACUCAGAUGACUGGAAAAGAACUCUUUGAGAUUUGGAAGAUAAUAAAUCCCAUGGGGCUACUGGUAGAAGAACUGAAGAAAAGGAAUAUUUCAGCUCCUGAAUCUAGACUUACCAGGCAGUCUGGAAGCACCACAGCUUUGCCUGUGUUUUUUGUUGGCUUGUACUGUGAUAGAAAGCUGAUUGCGGAGGGACCUGGGGAGACCGUGCUGGCUGCGGAAGAAGAAGCUGCUCGCGUGGCACUCCGGAAGCUCUACGGGUUCACGGAGAACCGCCGGCCCUGGGACUAUUCCACACCCGGAGGGAAUUUCAGAGCAGAGAAGCUACCCGGCUACCCGGCCAAGCAUGUGGCAGCCUGAGAUCUGCGAGCCAGGCAGUGAGACACAGGUCAGAGAUGCUCACAGCUGGACAUUGUUCAGAUUGUAAAGAAAUAGGUCUUAUUCCUCAUCACGCGUUCCUAAAAUUAAACAGAUAUCCAUCAUGUCAGUGAUUCUUUUUUUUUUUUUUCAUUUUUGUGUUGUCAAAAGUCUUUUUAGAUGUCUUCCAGUAAAUUUUUUCUGAAGUCUUUGAUUUUAUUACUGUAUCUCACAUGUAUAGUUAGGCGUAUUUUAUUCCUUUCCGGCUUCAUCAUAAUUUGGGUAUGUGUUUCAUGCGAACUUUAAUGCCAAUAAAAAAGUCAUUCUCUAAAGACUUCAUUGUAGUUUACAUCGACAUACCCAGGUUGGUGAACUUUGCCCCUCAAAUAUUAUUUUAGCUAAAAUAGUAAUCAUUCUUAACCUUUAGAAAUGUAAAGUGCAGAUGAUCACAGUUGGGUAUUUACAUGAUCCUUAGAUUCUGUCAAGGUUUAGAAUUUUGUAUACUAAACUAAUUCAUCUCAUAGUUCUUGAAUUUCUAUAAAACAAAUGGCAGAGAAGGUUAACUUUUCAAAAGCAGUGUAAAAUACGCCAGUUGAAAAAGUAUACGUUUAUCAAUGCCAACGGAAAAAUAAAGUAUGUGUUUAUCAACUUAGUGUCCCAGAAUCACAGUCCUGGCUGCUGUGCACCAAGCAUGUUGUAAGUAUUUUACCGUAACGUUCAGCUUGUGGAGGGCAGAGCUCAGCGUGUCUCCUUCUGGUUCUUCGGUCCUUCGUGUUUGAUUCAGUGACCCUCCAACCACACAUUCCCUUCGUUUGCUUCUAAUUUUUGGCAGCAGUGAUAAUUUUUGGUUUCAGUCUGUCAGUAGUCAGUCCCAGGGGUUAACAAGAAAAGUGGGACUGGGGAGUUGAGAAUAGAAAUGUUAAAACUGACAGCACUUUUGCCGUGAAAUCUUUUUUUUUUAGUUGAAAUAUUUUUAUUUUAUGUUCAAAGAGCUAGCAUUAAGAUAGACACAAUGGAUGACCCAUUUCGUGAAGUCCACUUAAUCCAGCUUCAUGCAGCCUGGGUCCUUUGCGUCCUGAUGGAGACCCACCCCGGUGGCACAUCCUCAGGCCGUAAUUCCGGGUCAGAUCAUGCCCGUUGGAGCAGAAGUGGCGAGAACAAGAACCCUGGCUGAAUCUUCUCGGCUCCAGUAGAACCGCUGGUUGACCCGCCUUGCUUUCUCGGUGGCAGAAGACUUGCCAUAAAAUCUUUCUAUUAAGGAAGAUAAAGGGCCUUUGGAACCUCUUUCCCGAGACCGGUCAGGACAGUGGGACUUUUGUCAUAUGUAAGAGGGCUUACAGCUGUCACAGGAAAAGUAGAGACUGUUUUUAGAGAGGAAAGUCUCAGAAUUCCCUAAUUGGCUGCAUUGGUCGGUCAAAAGUAAAGUGUUUCACCUUUCUUUUGAGAGUUCACUCCAGCUCCUAACACUUGAACGCCGGGAUAGAGGGCCAAACCUAGUGGUAAAGUGCCACACUUGGGUGUGUCAUCCACAAGUAAACACGAUUUGUACGUAUCUCAUGGACACCAGAGAAGAAGAGAUCAUAGAAAAGGUUCUGAGAAGAAGAGACUGUAAAUGUCCUCCAAUCACGUAACUCAUCCAGUAUAUGCAAAAUGUCAGAUUUAGCUAGAGUAUUACUUUUUUUAUGAAUACUUUUUAAAAAUUAAUGUUCUUUUUAAACAUUUGUUUGUGUAUGUAUGCAUGUAUUUAUUUAUUUAAAUAAUCUCCACGCCCAACAUGGGUUCGAACUCAUGACCCCAAGAUCAAGAGUCACUUGCAUCCUCGGAAUGAGUCAGCCAGGUGCCCCAGCUGAAGUAUUGUUCUAAUUUUAUUUGGGGUGAACAGUUUUCCCAAAGGUCUUUAGAGAAUUCGAUUGUAAACUCGGUAGUCCUUCAUUUCCCUCGCAAGUAGUGCUGAUAAUCCCAGAUUUCUCCUGCUCAGGGCGUCUUGCAGGAGCUUAUCCUACAGGGUUGGAGGGAACUCUCCUCACCCUUAGAUUUUCAAGCUUCUGAACCUUGAAUGCUUCUAGAUUUACAUGUGGAGGAAAUCUAGGUCUAGUUUAUAAAAACUUUGCAAGGACAGAGAUCCAAAUCUCUUAGGAAGAAUGUGACUUCAACACAUUUCUAAGUAAAGUCUUCCCCGAUUUAAGUUGUAUUUAAAAACAUUUUUUUAAUGUUUAUUUUUUUAUUUUUGAGAGAGACAGAGUGUGAGCAGGGGAGGGGCAGAGAGAGAGAGGGAGACACAGAAUCUGAGGCGGGCUCCAGUCUCUGAGCUGUCAGCACAGAGCCCAGUGCAGGACUCAGACUCGGGAACAGCGAGAUCAUGACCUGAGCCGAAGUCAGACGCUUAACCGACUGAGCCACCCAGGCGCCCCAAAGUUGUACUUUUAAAAAACACCCACUAAACUAUGAUGGGCUGGAAUGUAGAAAGUAAAACACUAACAUACUUUUGCAGCUUCCUAUGAAAGAGCUUGAAACUUGUAGCUAACCUGUAGAUAAACUUUAAUUUGCCACGUAAGAACCAAUACUGCGUACAUUUGACAUGUGGGCAGGAGGAACACGGGGGUGUGAGGAUGUUGUCAAAGGCGUGUGUGUGACCAAAAGCAUACAGGGGCCACUUGGAGGACUGCCCUUUUUGGCCACUGUCUAAUUGACAUUGAGAAGAGCGUCCUUAUGAUCACACGGAAGUUGGAACAACACCGUAAGCACUGAUGCUUAAGGUUGGCCUGGCACCAGAGAAAGACAUUAAAGCCAUUCACGUUGCAAUUCUGACCUCCGUUUCCACCCUUUCCCACUUGCCAGUUCCCUGAGCCCAAAGCAUAAAAUUGAGCCAAAAACGUACGACUGAUGUCUACAGACUCAAUUACAUAAGCUUUAUCCUUUUUUAGUCCAUAAUGUUUUUAUGAUAGGCAUAUAUAAAACAGGGAAUAUUAUUCUCAAAGUGUUUCGUGUGGUCUUGAGAAAGUAAACUAUUACUAGAAACGAAUUUCCAAGGAAGAGCGGAACAAACGGGGGCUGUUUUUGUUUGUGUUCAGCAUUUUUUAGAUUUUGGCCACAAGGUGGUGUGGUAGUCCCACCUGACAGUUAAGUAGUGUGCAAAGUGCCGUUGGAGGGAACAGUUAUUUCCUCCAUACACAGGAAGGAGGGAUGUAUAGGGCAGAGGAUUAUAGUGAAACAUGACUUUUCAAGGUCGCAUAGAGCUCUAAUAUUCUAUGGACCUGACUGCAAGAAGCUAGCUCGCCUUGGCCCUCAGGAUGUGAAGCUCAGAAUUUGAUACAUGAGCAAUUCACCUAUGCUGCCAAGGAAUGAAUGUUUGAGCUUUUUUUUUUUUUUUAUAAAUAAAAAGAUUUUUUUUAACGUUUGUUUAUUUUUGACAGAGAGAGAGACAGAGCAUGAGCAGGGGAGGGGCAGAGAGAGAGGGAGACACAGAAUCCGAAGCAGGCUCCAGGCUCUGGGCUGUCUGCACAGAGCCCAACACAGGGCUCCAGCUCACGAACCGCAAGAUUGUGACCUGAGCCGAAGCCGGACUCCCAGCCGACUGAGCCACCCACGUGCCCCUGAGCUUUUUUACAUUUACUGAAAAGAGAGAAAAUUGUAGGGCUGACAUAGACAAUACUUUUAAAGAUUUUUAUUGGCCCCUUCUUCCUAUUCUUUUCUUCUGUGUGUAUCUGUGUGUGUGUGUGUGUGUGAACAAUGCUCUGUAGGGUCAGGGACUCUUACUGUGCAUCUUGACACUUCAUAAAACCGGGUGUGGACAUUCUUCCCAUUUGGGGGACCAGCUCCCAACUCUCCCUGACUGAGGGGCGCCCCCUGAGGAGCCCCCAGCAGGGGGCACGCUGCUACCCUCUGUAUCCCUAAGCCCACUUAAUCUUCUCCUCCCUUCAACUGACCCUCGUGUCAUCUCUCCAAACCUCCGUUUGUAAAGCCCCUCUACCACCAUCCCCCAGGACCCAGAGCUGUGGCUUACAACUUUGGCUGGCUAUCAGAGCGCUGGGAAGCCAGGGCUCUCUCUGUAGGAGACCAAGAACGAUUGUUACAUUAAAUCCCAUCUUGCAAACCAGGAACAAUUUUUUUUUUUCCAGGAGAAAAUUCACACAAUCAAAAAUUGUAAUCACGAGCGCACAUGCUCCUGAAAAAAAGACAGCCAUUUCGACGUUGGGAGUGUCUGCUUUUCCGCUAACACGCAUUCGUUCUUGUUCAGGUAUCCGGCUGCCGGUUAGGGCUCGCUCAUAACAGUUCUAAGAAAAAUUUCUGGAAGGAGAGCAACUGAGAAGAUUAAAAACAUUAACCUAUUCCCCCUUCAAGUGAGGAAGAACUCCAUUAUUUGUUUGCAGGAUACCUUUUUACCACAUCUGUUGUACAUUAAAAUUGCAGGAUGAACUAAUGAGUUUGUUCUAAUGAGUUUUGCAGAAGAGAUGAGUCAUGAGAUCAUUGACCUGCUAGAAGAAGAAUCUCUCUACCCGGAGAAAUUGCCUGACUUCCUGAAGAUACUUCCUCUACGCAAGUUAUUGAUCAGUGUCUCCCCAGCAAGACGUAUCAGUCAGGGCCAGAGAUACUUAUCAGUAGGCAAUAUAGUUAAUAAGACAAAUACAGUAAUAAAAAAACAAUUCGCGGCUCAUCCUCAGAUUAACUAACCUGACAACGAUGUCCGUGGGGCUCCUGACAACCUGCCUCCAAGACUCCGUUGUGGGUGCUGGGAUUGCUUCCUUGUCUACGAAGGACGAGCACAAAGUGUUGCCACUCUACGCUUGGUGGCUGGGGUUAGAAACUUCAGAUGAAGGACAGAUAGCACUGAGAAAUGUAAAAACUCACUUCUGUUUUGUUCCCUCGCAUUCAAUAAUUAAUCUGCAAACACUAAUAAUGUACCUGUUAUCAUAUAAAACAGUGAUUUCUCAUUUUGCAAACUUCUCCCUUGAAUCACAACUGCAUCGUUUUUCUUCCAAGAUUUGGGAGAGGGUCAAAGGGGCGGUUGGGGAAUCUCAGAAGAAAUGGGACUUUAGAGCCAGUGGUGUCCUCCGCUCUUGGGUGGCCGGACGUGGACUCGGUAGGACACAGGGUGUUCCAGCAGUCAUGGGAGGCCAAGGACACAGAAGUCAUCCCCCCAAUUAGUUAACUCUGUCUACGCCUCUCCCCGGGGCAGCCAACCCCAACCGGUCCUAGAAAGGCAUUUGCUACUCUGCUGUGACACCCAGUCCCAAUGUGUGGGUGUCUUUCCCCACACCACCAACACUCAGACGAUGGACGUCCUGCAAUUCAUCUGAAUUCUAACACCAUCUACAGAGACAGAGUGUCACAUCUCAUGGGUUAAGGGCUCAGGCCCACGAGGCUGCCUCCCCACCCCCCAACUUCAGAUGCCAAUUCCUGCCCAGGUUGUCACCUGUGCUUCUGACUCAGUGGCUGUAAAUCAGAGGUCCCCACGACUCCCUCACUGGGUUCUAUUAGCUUGCUAGAGCAACUCACUGAACUCAGAGAAACAUGUUACUAGUGAUCGCUGGUUUAUAAGAGGAUGUCCGUCAGGAACAGCCAGAUGGAAGAGAUACACAGGGCAAGGUCUGGGGCAGGGCGAGGAGCUCCUGUGCCUUCUCCAGUGCUCCACUCUGGCAAAUCUCCAGGGGCGCAUUAACCCAGAAGCUCUCUCAACCUGUCCUUUGGAUUUUUCCGGAGGCUUCAUUACAAAGACACAUUUGAUUAAAUCGUUUGGCCAUUGGCCAUUUGAUUCAACCUCCAGCCCUUCUCCCCUCCCCAGAGGCCAUUGGGGUGGGGCUGAAAGCGUCAGCCCUCCAAUCUGGUUGGGUCUCCUAGCAACCAGCCUUCAUCCUGCAGCCCUCAAGGCUCCCAGGUGUCUCUUUAUACCUUGGCCAACCCACCUGAUCCAGUCCUGGCUGGCAGUCCAGAUUCCUGAAGGUCUGCCUUCUGUGGAAAUACACACUUUGUGUAGGUUAGGGCUUAGAAUUAGCUAGAUGCCUUGUAACCCCAAGAGCUCCCUCCCAGGACCCAGGCCCUCUGGGUGCUUUCCUAGUUUGGCCCAAAGUUACCUUAUUAACAUAGAAAAAGACACCUUUGUAGCUUUCUAUCACUUUGUAAAUUCCAAGGGUUUGGAAGUUCUGUGCCAGAAAUGGGCAUGAAAACCAAAUACACAUCUCUUAUGAUAAAUCACAAUAUCAUAGCAAACGUGAUCUUUUGUGACAGGUCUGCAAUUUUUUGUGGCAAUCUCCGUAUCUUAAAUUUAUUCCAGUUUUCGUCAAAUAAAGGAGUUUUCAUAAAUUUUAUCUUUUUGAAGACAGGGCCUAUAGACUCAUUGACUGAAGUGUAUAAAAGAUACAAGUUGAAUUAUAUAAAAGUAAUAACUUGAGAAGAACUUUUUCCCCAGUCCAGAGAUUAUAAACCAGUUCUAGAGGCUGCUAGAGUCAGAAACUGCGUGCUGACUGGUGAGAAAGGGCUAAUGAUGAGUAAGCUGGUAAAACCAAGUGAAAAAGAGAGAAGAGAUAUUGUCUAGGAACCUUGACAUUAUGACUUUUCCAUGAGAUUUUCCCAAGUUCUGUAUCAUAAAUUUGAAACUUUACCAUUUCAUACACUGCAGAGGCGUUCAGAAAUGGGACCGGAUACUUUGAAAUUGAAUAUGCCCAGUGAAAUGUGACCAAUUUCUAUUUUGGGGGAGCAGCCUAUCUGUAACACCUAACAGGGCCACUCUACCAGACGGUAUUCGGAAAGCAAACUCUCCCGGUCCUUUCUGGAACGAGUACUCCUGGACCCAAGAGCCAGGGAUCCAGUCUGGGUCCUGCAGCUACUUUUAUACUUCUCUCGUGGACUAAUGUCCACCCGCUCCUAUUUGUGUAUCUUGUAAGUACAGUUGCACCAAUGAGGAACUUGACCUAGUAGGAGUCACGCUCUCCCUUCCACGAUGGCUUAUCAGGGAGAGGACACAUUUAUCUCUGUACCCCUUAGUACCUUGCACCCAGGAGGUGCCCAAAUGAAUAAAUGGAGUGUAUAUAACUCUUGGAUUUCUGCUAAAACUAUUCCUAUCUUCAACUACUCAAAAUAGCGUAACAGAACGGGACGAGGAAACUGGAGAAGUAAAACGGGCUCUCAAAGGCAUUAACCACACUAGCAUGUUUGCUAGGGUACAAGUAAUCUGUGUCAACAGUUCAAAAUAAAUUUACUCUUAAAUAAGGAAAGCAGUCCCCCCACCCUUUCCUUUCUCUCUUGGCUAACCAAAAUAUCCAUACUUAAAGUACUCAAAUAGUUGCAAACAGCAAAGCUCAGCCGACGUGACAAAUAAGAAUGACAAAUUGUUGGAGUGCUGAAUGUGCGGUUUUGAUGCAUAAAGAAUGAUGAUGGGCACCUGGGCGGCUCAGUCUGUUGAGCAUCUGACUCUUGCUCUUGGCUCAGGUCACGAUCUCGAGAUCAAGCCCCGCGUUGGGCUCCGCGCUGGGGGUGGAGCCCGUUCAAGGUUCUCUCUCUCUCCCUCUCAAAAGAGUGAUGAGUAGAGCUCACGGGUUUAAAAAAAAAAAGGAAAAAAUGUUUUUAAGUCUAGAUACAUAUUUUAAACCAUUCUGAUUUUAGAAACGUGAGGAGUUCUCCAAAAACAAAAGACAAAAAUACAUCUUGCCAUUUUAGAAAACAGACCCUCCAGCCCAUCACCAGAAGUGAAACAUGUACCCCUCACUCAGUUCCCAAGGAUGUCGGCACCGGGCGUCUUCUUUGCGCACUUGCUACAAAACUGGUCUUUACCUUGAACGCUGGGGACACGCCCCCGCGGGAGCCAGCGCUGAGACCAGGGCUGGGACUGCCUUCAUACUUACUCCCCUGCGGCGACUCAGGCACGGAUGGGUAGUGAAGCAGGGAACAGUGUCUGGCGUUAGAGGAAAGGAGUAGGAGAAGGCCAGGGGCUUUGGUUUUCUGCCGUUUGCCUGAGUGCAAAGGUUUAGAAGAGGUUUAAGUACUUUUAAAAGGCUCUGUUUCUUUUGUUGUAUUUUCAAUAACAGAGAAACGGCAUUUUUUUUUUUUUUACUACUCAUAACACUUUAUUUUUACUUUGUACAAAAUACAAAAAUGCAAAUCCAGAGAGUACAGACCAGUAGUGACAGGCACACUGCACAAGAGCAAACCUUGUCUAGCAAGACGUUAGUUUUUUAAACUUUAUUUUAGUGAAUACAUGCAUUAUAUA